AUGUCUGCCCAAAACGAUAACGCCGAAGCGGGACCUUCUUCCCCUCACAGACCUCUCAAGCUGGAGGAGUAUGAGCGAUAUGGCCGCCAGAUGAUCCUACCCGGAUGGGGUCUUCCAGGUCAACUCAAGCUGAAAGCUGCGAGAAUCGCCGUGGUCGGCGCGGGGGGACUAGGGUGCCCUGUGCUACAGUAUCUUGCAGGGGCGGGUGUCGGGACUAUCGAUAUCUUCGAUCAUGAUACCGUCUCGGCCUCAAACCUGCAUCGGCAGGUACUGCAUACUACCGAGAGAGUCGGGAUGAACAAGGCAGAAUCAGCAGCGGCUGCUAUGACUGCGCUGAACCCCUUUAUCACCCCUCAUCCCCAUUCUGAGCCAAUCACACCGAACAAUGCUCUCGCUCUUCUCCGGGCUGCCGAGAUUAUCGUCGACUGCACCGAUCGGCCUCUUACCCGAUACCUGCUCUCAGACGCUUCUGUACGCUUAGGCGUUCCGCUAGUCUCCGGUGCGGCGAUCUCCAGCGCCGGACAAUGGGCAGUCUACGACGAUAAGGGCAAACGGAGGGCAUGCUACAGGUGUAUCUGGCCGCAGAUCAUACCGGGAUCGAGUGGGCGAUGCGAGGACGUGGGGGUUUGGGGAGUAGUAACUGGGAUGGCCGGAACGGGGAUGGCCGGGGAGGUCAUCAAGCUCAUACUGGGGAACGAAGACCAACAGCCACUCCUGCAUCUUCUGCACCUGGGUCAGAACCCCCUGAUACGGACGAUCCGGCUCAAACCGCCUAGUCCGAAGUGCAUCGCCUGCGGACCGAACGCAACGAUCACGGACGACCUCGAUGCUGUUGGUUAUGAGGCGUUCUGUGGCGGUGUAGAGGUGGAUGAGGAGACAGGGAUGGAGGUAGGAGAUGGCGAGGGCAGGAUCAGUGUGCAGGAGUUACGGGACCUGAUGAGGUCUGACCAAGGAGUCUUGGUAGUGGACACCCGGCCAGAGAUCGAGUAUGAAAUCUGCUCCAUCCCUUCGACUCAAAAUAUCCCUCUCGCGCACCUCCUCGCUAGACCUCUCGAGCACCUCUCAGCAAGCAGUUCCUCUCGGAUUGUCUUUAUUUGCAAGCAAGGCAAUGACUCACGAGUGGCGGCUGCGGCUUUACGGAAAGCGUUACAAGGGGAGGGCGUGCACGAGAUGGGGACAGGGCAUACACAGGCACACCAGGAUUUGACGAGCGUCCGAGAUGUCCGAGGGGGACUGAGAGCCUGGAGCAAGCAUAUCGACCCGACAUUCCCUCUGUACUGA